AUGACGUUUCAGAAAAGAUUGUUCAAGCUAGUGGCUGACAGUCAGCCGUACCAAAGCAUACAAGAGAUAGCUGACUCGCUGAAGAUCAGCUCCCACAGACUGUCCCAGCCGGUAUUCCUCAGCGGUUCGGAGAUUCAGCCGGCGCAGGGCGUCAUACGGGAGGGAGACAGCUUCAGAAUCACUGCCGUCACCCAUGAGCUCAGCGGUGGACGUGUGCAGUGUGAGCUGCUGCACAGAGAGCCCAAGAUCUGCUUCAGCCUGAGCUUCUCCCAGCAAGGCCACUUCACAGAGUGCCAGGACAACCAGUUCUACACCCUGAAAGAGAUCGCAGAGUGGAAAAUCUCCAAAGGCAGAAAUAGGACUGUAACCGAGGUCAAAACUCUUCCCAAGAAGGACUUCUUAUUCUCGAAUUUGCUGGAGAAUGUAUUUGGAGAGCUGAAGCUGACCCCUGUGUAUGAACUAAAGGCUGUUACAAGGCUCAGUGAGAAAAUUCUGCUCAUCCCAUCAAAUUUGGACGUGGAGGUGGUGGACGUCACUGAGCAGUUUGAUUGUGACUCAUUUGUGCAGCCUCUCUCUCUUAUGGACGUUUUCAAGAGUCCUACAGAGUUUUUUCCUGUGGUGGCCAAGUUGUCAUGUGAAAGACCUUUCAAGCUUUCUCCAGAGCUGGAAACACUUUUCAAAACCAAUCAGGUGAUCAUUCAUCAUGCUUUCUAUGCAAAACGAAUACUGGCCUCGGAAAUGGGUCGUGAAUCAACGAGACACUUUCUUAUUCCGGAGUCCUACAACGGACGCCUCAAGCGGCGGCCGCGCCAGUUCCCCACCGCCUACGAUCUGGAGCGAGCGCGCAGCGAAACCGAGCAGAUACGCGUGGUGGCCACCAGGGAGUUUGAGUCUGUGUACAAUGGGCUAGCUUCCGUAAGCGCUGGGGAUGAGUUUAUAGUGACCAAAGGCAAAAGCUGUGCGCUUUCACACAAUGGAACCAAGAGGGCAGCCGAUGCUUUUCAAUGUCUGAAAGUCACAGGGACAGAGGCGAAGGAGCUUGUGCGCCUCUCCAUGUGUUUGGAGGGGAGAUUCAUGGAGCUGGUUAAAGACAAGCGUCAAUACACCAUUGCGGAAAUAUGCCGAUGGUUCCCGUUGCCUUUCAACGUUAAAGUGUCUGUGCGAGACCUCUCUUUGAAGGUGGACAUUUUGGCUGGCGUACCCGGUCUGCACAUUGAGGAGGAGAUCUCUGACCCUUGCCUCCUCAUUUCAAACUCUGAGCUGUCAGAGAUCAGGGAGGUGCCAGUCAAUCGCACAGACUUGAUCCUCAACAUAAAGCAGCACUGGGAUGGCCAGAGUCCAGUAUGUAGUGGGAAUUCAGUCAUAGAGGAGAUCUCAGAGGACUGUUACUACACACUCAGGAGGUACGCCGUUUCUACCAUCACACCCCCUCCACGACCUCCCAAAAAACCCAAAGACCCUCCACCUCGACCUCCCAAGAUGCUGUCGUCCAGAUCUGAGAGCGCAAACAGUGAAAGCUCCAGCUGCUCUCCACAGAGUCUUUGUGUUGAACCUUUUAAGCAAGAUGACUUCAUUCAAUGCAGUGAUUCAAGAAAUGGAAAUGACAAAAAGGUUCCCAUUAGUCCAGUCACUUUGCCAAGACCUACCCUGCAGAAAGCAUCAUAG